CUGGAUCAGAACCGUCAAAAAUUAAAAUCAAUCUCUCUCUCUCUCUUUUGCCCUUUCAGACUCAGAAAUGAGUACAUUGCCGCACGAAGUCAAGAACAGGCCGAACAGAUAGAAGUCAGGCGGCUACGGACGGAGAAUGGACUUCUUUUACAGCGGUUAGCGCGGUUGGAGGAGGAUAAUACUUAUCUGACAAAGCAGUUAGUGGACUGUAAUCUCGAGAGAGCUCAACUUAACGAAGAGGUUUCUCGACUACGAGGUUACAUUGCACGAUGGCAGUCUGCACAAGAAGAGGCCGCAUCUUUACGAACACCAACUUCCGAUUCCUCAGCCCAACAACAAUCUUCUGAAGCUUCCAUUCUCCCUUUAGAAACAGAUUCACAGGAAGGAACCAAGGAUCAUGCCUACACUGUCAAGUGGUACAAGCUCUAUGAGACUUACUUUCUACGAUGGUGCGAUAUGACCUGUCAGGACUCUAAUACUCCAACAGCCUCGCCACGAAAUUUGAAUAGGCAAAUAAGGGAAUCGGAACCAAUCACAGCAACCACAACAGGAGCAGCUAGUACGUCUGGAGCUGAAUCAUGGACGUCUAUUUCAACCUCUUUCUCCCCGGUGUCCAUUGGUAGAAGUUGCGAUGAGCGUCUUCUUGUUGAUACAAUCCAUCAACUCGAGACGGAUCUUGUUCACCUUCGAGUUAGGGAAUCUGAGUGCCACUCUGCUCUUCGAGAUGCGAAGGAAAGGAUUCAGACUCUCGAAGAGAAACUUGAGUUAGCCAAGCGUGAACCAGAAGAGCAGAUUGAGGUACUCCAUAGUGAGUUGAUGAAAGUGAAACUUCGUGAAGCUGAGGGUCUACUGAAGCAGAAGGAGCUACGAGAUCGAGUGGAAGAAAUUCAAACCCUCUGGGAGAAUCAUCUUGCUCUGACUUCUGGAAGUGGCGUCGUGGUAAAGGUGGAAAGUUCUGGAGCAUCCCAAUCGAGCGGAUUUCUUAGGGCGAGUGCAGGUCUAAUUCAAUCCAAAUUGCGAGGGAAGACAACGGUUGCUUCUGUUGCUGAUAAUGCCCAACACCUAUCGGAUCGUUUACUGGAGACAAAGCUCAGUUGUCAGAUUGCUGAACUGCAGCAGAAGGUAAUGCCGUACUCUUUAUUCAACUUUCUUUCAAUCCUCUUUCACUUGGGAGAGAAGAUGCGAAAUUUGUCGGGUGUAAAUGAGCUCAAUUCUCAGAUUGAUAUAGCUGAACGCAAAGCAAUGCGACGUGAGGAAUUAAUGGUUGAUCUCAAAGAGAAAGUGGAGAGAAGCGUUCUUCGAGAAGCAGCUCUUCGAGCUGAACUCAAGGAGGCAGAGUGUCGAUGCGCUGACCUGGAAACCAAGUCUAAUCUACCCAAUCCCGUUGUCCAUGAAGGACUAAUGACCCCAGUGGAUGAAUUGAUGUACUGCUACAGUACGCAUGAAUUGAAGAUAUCCAAAUACGAUAAAGACUACGUAAUUAUUGGAACACUCCCACACGAGCGCAAAUCCGACGCAAUUUUGUGGCGAAUCCGGGAAAUCGAGCUGUCCUCCCAGAUAGCCGAACUUCGGCAGCACUUCUCGGAAUUGGAUUGCCUUCACGAUGUAGAAAACGCAUCCAUUACCCUCCAAGGCCCACCUCCAAGGGGAAAUAUUGACGGAUCUCCACUGUUGAGUGCUGCUUCUUCUGCUGCCCCAACACCCGCUGAAGUUCGCAGACAUCCAUCUGCCAGAGUUCCAUCUAUGACUGUUGGAAGCGAGCGUUUCUCCUCUAUGUGGAAGGAUUUUCCACCGGCAAUCAUGACGGAUUCCAUCGGUCCACUGGAAGACCUCUGUAUCAUACCGGAUGACCCCUUGAUCACCAGUAUUUAUGUCCAAGAGAGCGCCUCAAAGCAAGUGGGAGAGGUAUAA